GGAAGGGGUGGGGUGCUGGGGGUGCUGUGUUUGUGUUGUCGCGUGUGAAAGAAGGGCUCCAAGUUUAUCGUAGCAACCUACUUCGCAUUGAUCCAACAUUGGAAGAAUGUUCGUGACCUCCACAGCUUUUUGAUUUGUACUACAGAAACUAAUCUUUGGAGGACUUUCGUUAAUCUUAUGCGUUACUUCGCCGACUCUUAGAUCUGUGACUUGGUCAAAAUGGGGCGGAAAGUUACUGUAGCAGUCGCUACCCUGAAUCAAUGGGCUUUGGACUUUGCUGGCAAUGUUGCUCGGAUUUUAGAGAGCAUUCGGCUUGCAAAAGAAGCUGGUGCUACUUAUAGAACAGGCCCAGAACUUGAGUUAUGUGGCUACAGUUGUGAAGACCAUUUUUUGGAAAGUGAUACUCUCUUACACAGCUGGGAAACUCUACUAGAGAUACUCAUCUCACCUGUUGCUGAAGACAUGCUCAUUGAUGUAGGCAUGCCUGUCAUGCAUCGCAAUGUUACUUAUAACUGUCGGGUUGUAUUUUAUAACAGGAAAAUUUUAUUGAUUCGUCCAAAAAUGAUUCUAUGUGAUAGUGGAAAUUACCGUGAAACUAGGUGGUUUACACCCUGGCAAAAGGAACGCCAAGUUGAGGAUUACUGCCUUCCACGCAUAGUUUCAGUUUAUACAGAUCAAACAGUCGUGCCAUUCGGUGAUGCUAUAAUCUCUACUGUUGAUACUUCCAUAGGGUUUGAAAUUUGUGAAGAGCUUUGGAAUCCACACAGCACACACAUAGCUCUUGCAGAAGAUGGUGUGGAGCUUAUUGUCAAUGGCUCUGGAUCCUAUUUUGAACUUAGGAAGAGUAAUGUAGUUGUGGACUUAAUUAAAUCUGCAACAUCUAAGGCAGGAGGCUGUUAUCUGUAUAGUAACCUGAGAGGAUGUGAUGGACAAAGAGUUUUCUUUAAUGGGUGCUCUUGCAUAGCAGUGAAUGGAGACAUAGUGAGCAAGGGCAAGCAGUUUUCAUUAAAAGAUGUGGAAGUGACAGUGGCAACAAUUGACCUUGAAGACAUUAGAACUUUCCGUAAUUCCAAGCGCUCUUUAGCUCUCAAAGCCAGUGGAGCCCCAAGCUAUCCUAGAAUUUCAGUUGACAUGGUCUUAGGCAAGCACUCAAAUGACACUGGACCUGUUAAUGCUCCCUUAGAAUGGAUUUACCACAAGCCAGAAGAAGAGAUUUCUCUUGGACCAGCAUGCUGGUUGUGGGACUAUCUGAGACGCUCUGGUCAGGGAGGUUUCUUUCUUCCUCUUAGUGGUGGAGUAGAUUCAUCUAGUACAGCUUGCAUGGUUUACUCAAUGUGCUGCAUGGUUGUUGAAGCUGUUAAAUCUGGAGAUAACCAAGUUCUUGCUGAUGUGCGUAAAAUGGUAUGUGAUGUGGAUUACACGCCAAUUCAACCUCAAGAACUUAGUAGCAGAAUAUUUGUCACAUGUUACAUGGGAAGUGAAAAUUCAUCAGCUGAAACUAGGAAUCGGGCAGCUACUUUAGCACAGCAAAUUGGAAGUUACCAUACAUCCAUCACCAUAGAUUUAGCAGUACAAGCAGUUCUAGGAAUUUUCACAGCUGUUACUGGACUUGUCCCUAAGUUUGGAUCCCAUGGUGGAAGUCCACGAGAAUCCCUCGCAUUACAAAAUAUUCAGGCUCGACUGAGAAUGGUUUUGGCGUACUUGUUUGCUCAGCUAAUGUUGUGGGCAAGAGGGCGCUCGGGGGGCCUUCUUGUUCUGGGUUCUGCAAAUGUUGAUGAGGCAUUACGGGGUUACAUGACGAAGUAUGACUGUUCCAGUGCAGAUGUUAACCCCAUUGGAGGAAUAUCAAAAACUGAUCUAAGAGGAUUUCUUCACUUCAUGAGGGAAAAGUACAAAUUGACAGUACUAGCUGACAUUGUCGCAGCACCUCCGACUGCUGAGCUGGAACCUCUUGCAGCAGAUGGUAAAAUUGCUCAGACUGAUGAGCAGGAUAUGGGUAUGACCUAUGCAGAGCUGAGUGAAUAUGGGCGUUUGAGAAAACAAUUUUUCUGUGGACCAUACUCUAUGUUUUGCAAGCUUAUGUCACUUUGGGGAUCAUUCUGUUCACCUGCUGUGAUCGCUGAAAAAGUAAAACAUUUCUUCAGAUGCUACGCAAUUAAUAGACACAAAAUGACAGUUGUCACUCCAUCUGUUCAUGCAGAGACAUAUUCUCCAGAUGAUAAUCGUUUUGAUCAUAGACCAUUCCUGUACAAUAACAAAUGGUUGUGGCAGUUCCGUGCCAUUGAUCACAAGGUUGAAGAAAUUGAAAGUGAGAAUGCGGAGAAAAUUCCACCACGCACUCAGACUGCUACAAGGCCAACUCCUGUCAGCCAACCUGCAAAUAUUGCUAUUCCGACCCUUCUCUCAAGAGGGCGCUCUGGUAGUACUCCAGGCGUGGUAGUGUAGCAUUGCUACAUGUGUUUCAGGUGAGAAUUCAUCUUGGCAACCACCUUCAAAAAUAAAGUGUGUAGAUUAAAAGAUCAAUCAGUGAAGAGGAAAGAUUGAGAUAAUAAACUGAAUUUCAACAUAUAA